AUGCUUUUCCACAUACUUCCUGAUCCUGGCUGCGACAACAGCACCACAGAUCUCAGCUUUUACAGCGUCUCCCUUCUGAUCCAGGGGUCCAGCUGGUGUGAGGCUCCUGUGGAAUUUCACCUCUCCAAGCUGCAAAUAUUCUUCAAAAAGCUGGAUGGCUUCUUCCCUGAGCUUUCUGAGAGAGGGUCAUUUCUUUUCCUCCCGGUGGACAGUUUCCACAUCGGCAUCCUCCACAUCUUGGCUCACAUGCAGCUCCGAUGCUCUCCCAGUGCCACCACUCAAGGAACUCACGGUUACUGGCAGCUCCUGCCGUACUGCAUCAAUACCAACGAGUGUGUGUAUACCAGUGCAAUACACACACUAAUAAAGCUCCUUUUCUUUAUCCUUCCCUCUCCAUCCCAGGCCUCCAAGCAGCACAGGUUGAAGCGCUACCACAGUCAGAGCUACGUCAACGGCUCCAAAUGUGACCUGAACGAGGGCCCCAGGGAGACUGAAGUCAGGUUUGUGUGUGAGGAGGGGUCGGGUGUCUACGUGGCCAGUGUGGACGAGCCCCAGUCCUGUCGCUACGUGCUGACGGUCCACACCACUCGCACCUGCCAGCACCCCUUCCUGUGUCCGCCCUCCACCGCCAAGCCCCAGGGCAUUGUGUGCCAGCCGGCCCUCAGCACCAAGCAGUACAUGGACUAUGUCAAGGCCCAAGUCUCGGACACAAAACGUAAAGUGGAGCAGAUCUCAGAGGAGCUGAAGACUCUUGAUGAGAUUUUGACCGGUGAUGAGGGGACAGAUGGCAGAGCGGAUGAGCAGACAGACGAGGAGUCAGCGACACCAACCGAAGUCACAGAUGUCCUGGGGUCAGACACAGAAGCUUUUGGAGAUGAAAAAUUCAACUUCAAGAUCAUCACAGACCCUGCAGACCUGAUGAAAUUUGUGCAGCAUCUAAAAGAGAGCAACAGAAAGAAAGCACAAAAUGAAGCCGAAAGAGAGGCACUGAGGAAGGAAAAGGAGAGACGUGGAGCCGAGGAUGAGGAUGAAGAAGAGCGUCUCCUGCUGCAGGAGUUUGAUGAAGAGAUUGCUGGCCUCUCGGUGCCCUCUGCCAACAUCGAGGAGAUGAACGAGGAAAUGCAAAAGGAGUUUGACAACAUCAUAGACGAGGCUCAGCGGGAGCUGGACACAGAGGGUCUGAAGGGGGAGUUUGACAGCACUCAGGCCACCCAGACUCUUGAGACAACUCUGGACAAGCUGCUGGACCGCUUAGAGGACAAAGAGGCCGGGGACACAGAGGCAGAGCACCUGACAGAGGGAGGCCAGAAGGCCAACGACCCAGCCAGGGGCAGCCCCAGCCUGGCCCCCCAACAGCCAGUACCUUUGGAGAUUUGA